UGAGUGAGUGAGUGAGUGCUGGUGGCACCCUGGACACGCGUGUACCGCGUACAGAGGGAUAUCCCGAUGCCUCUGGUCAGCUCCGGGGUGGAGCACGGGAACCUCCGCGAGCUYGCCCUGGCCCGGAUGAAGGAUCUCGGCACGCAGUGCCGCGACGUGAGGACGAGGGAAGUCGGGAUUCAGGAAAUCCACCACAAAGUGAGGCCCUACCAGGUGGAGCUGGUCCGUCGGGAUUACGUGGCCAAUGGAGGUUGGGAGACGUUCCUGUCCUACGAGGACCCGGAGCGGGAUAUUCUCGUGGGGCUGCUGCGGCUGCGCCGAUGCUCCGGGGAAUCUUUCCGGCCCGAGCUCAAGGGCGGCGUCUCCGUGGUGCGGGAGCUGCACGUCUACGGCAGCGUGGUGCCCGUCAGCAGCCGCGACCCCUCCAAGUUCCAGCACCAGGGGUUCGGGAUGUUGCUGAUGGAAGAGGCGGAGCGGAUCGCCCUGGAGGAGCACGGAUCCUGGAAAAUCGCCGUCAUUUCAGCUCGAGGGGCCCUACAUGGUCAAACGGCUGCCGUGAAAAUCCGGGAAUGCAGCGGGAAUUCCAGAGAAAUCCGGCAGGAAUACAACGGGAAUACAACGGGAAUUCCAUGA